AUGGCUAGCAUUCAAAAGCUAGAGCUCGAGGUAGCUGAAGUCAAGUGCUCAGCCAACAAUUUUUAUGGGUUAUUUAAGAACAACAUUAACAAACUAGUUGAGCACUUUCCUGAAAACUAUCAAAGUGUUGAAGUAAUCGAAGGAGACGGAGCCAGUGUUGGCAGUGCCAGGCUCUGGAAGUAUGAACUCGAGAGGACGACAGCUGUUAAUGACGAAAGCAAGUCGAUCGCCUGGAACUUUUAUGGGGGAGCAAUGAUGGAUCAUUAUAAUAGCUUUGGAUUCACACUGGUAUCUGUUACUCCAAAGGGUGAGGGAUGCUGCUCGGUGAAAUGGUCUGUGGAAUUUGAGAAGGCCAAUGAAAAUGUUCCCACUCCGAAUGCUUAUGGGAUACAUGUAGGGCUGUCUACAGGACUUAUUGUAACAGAUAGUGGCUCAGCUGUUUUCGUUACGGUAAUAGCUCAUCGGAUGUCUGAUAGCUUUCGAUUGAAAUUCGAAAAUCAAUUCUGA